AGUGAGAGCUCGUUGGUUUUCAGGAUCUGUGCUUCCUCUUAUUCUGCUUCCCUUCGAGUCUUUUCAGUCACUUCAUUGUCAACAUGUUGAAGUUCAGAACUGCUGCUCUGCUGCUCAAACCUGCUGCUGCCGCUGCUCAGCCUCGUGUGCGCCUCUCUAGCUGCCCCCAGCAGGAACACACCACCUUCUAUGAGUUCCGCACCUACAGCAUCCGACCGGAGCAGAACGCCGCCUUCCUCAAGCUGACCAAUGAGAAGAUCCACCUGCGCACCGCGCACUCCGAGCUGAUUGGCUACUGGAGUGUCGAGUAUGGUGGUCUGAACCAGGUCUUCCAUAUAUGGAAGUAUGACAGCUUCUCUCAGCGGGCAGCUGUUCGGGCGGCUCUGGCUCAGGACCCCUCCUGGAUUUCUGAGUACAUCUCCAAGGCGAUACCGAUGCUGACGUCUCAGGACAAUGAGGUCACAUACCUGGUUCCUUGGAGCCGCUUGCAGAAGCCUCCGCGUGACGGUGGUGUGUACGAGCUGGCAUCCUUCCAGAUGCGUCCGGGCGGUCCGGCGGUUUGGGGCAAUGCCUUCCAGGCCGCCAUCACCUCCCAUGAUGCACCGGGGUAUGGAAAGCUGUUGGGAGCUUUCCACAGCGAAUUUGGAGCUCUGAAUCAAGUUCACGCCCUCUGGUGGUUUGAGAGCGCCGACCAGCGAGCUGAAAUUCGACACAAAGCCCACACUGACGCCAGAGUAGUCGCUGCAGUCAGAAACAGCGUUGUCCAUCUGGACUCUCAGAGGAAUCGGCUCAUGUUUCCGUGUCCUUUCUCGCCCAUGAAGUAAUCUCCAGUCCUGCGUUUCCACGGCAGAAACAAUCAGCUGACGUUAAGCUUGAGCCUUGCAGGCUUCUGUACUUCUGUGUUUGCAGUCCCAUGAGACUGUGAGGAUGCUGAGGAGCCUCGUGUGAAUUACCAACUGAAGUAAAUCAGGCAGUGUUAGUGACAGCAGCAGCAUCCAAUCCAUUGGUGUGAAUGAUGGGGUGGGCGGGGCUUCUCUAGUUUAAAGCUGAGCUCUGCUGAUAGAAAAUGGAUUAGCUUCAGUUUGACCUCAAUUCAUCUCAAUAAUAAAGUAAGACGGUCGGUGCA